GCAGACUCGAUUUCAGUCUUCAUUGUUGCUGGAUCCUCUCCUCCGGCGAACUGCGUCGAAAUAGAAAGUACAGGAUACAAUGAAGGAGAACGUGAUCAUAUAUUUUAAAUGCGAAGGUUGUAUGUAUAGUUUGAUGAUGAAGACAUCAUGGGAGAAGAUAACUCUCUCCAUGUUAGAAGGUAGGAUAUACACGAAACUUGGGUUAGAUGAAAGUAAUGUUAAGUUACAAAUGAGGUACAAUGCACUGCUAUUGGAACCAGAGGAAGAGAUUCACAUUUGUGAUGAUGAGGAUGUCAGUGUUUAUAUAACUUCCGUUGAAAAUAACCGUAGAUAUGUUUUGUAUGUGGAGGUUAUCACUAAACCAGAAUUGUCGGAACAACUGUCGAGAGUGGAUAAAAGUUCUGUUGGUAAGAACUAUGCGGAAUCGGAUUCAAAUGAGGAUGAAAUCAGAGAUAAUGCCAUCAAUUUCUACGUAGACAAGGAAAAAAGAAAACGACAACAUGGAGCAAUAGAAGAGGAUGAUUCUAUUCAAGAGGGUGAAAUUGUACCUCCGCCUCCUAAAAAAAAAGUAGGGAAGAAGUAAGGUAAAAAGGUUUUCUUCGGUUGGAGAAAGGCGUCCAAGGGCGCAAAACAAAAGGCGACUGAGGCAAUGAUGUCAAUAAUUGUUAUUUGACAAU